AUGUUGGUGUCCCGGGUCCCGGAUUUCCAGAAGACGCGCUACGCCAGGUUCAUGAAUCACCGUGUCCCGUCCAACUGCAGGUACCAGCCGACGGAGUACGAGCAUGCGGCAAACUGUGCCACCCACGCGUUCUGGAUCCUGCCCAGCAUCCUCGGCAGCUCCAUUCUCUACAUCCUCUCUGAUGACCAGUGGGAAACUAUCUCAGCCUGGAUCUAUGGCUUUGGCUUGUCCAGCCUUUUCAUCGUCUCCACCAUCUUCCACACCAUCUCCUGGAAGAAGAGGCAUCUCAGGACGGUGGAGCACUGCUUGCAUAUGUUCGACAGGAUGGUGAUCUACUUCUUCAUCGCGGCGUCGUACGCUCCCUGGCUGAACCUGCGGGAGUUGGGUCCCUGGGCCUCCCACAUGCGCUGGAUCAUCUGGAUCAUGGCAUCUAUCGGGACUGUCUAUGUUUUCUUCUUCCAUGAGCGGUACAAGCUGGUGGAGCUGGUGUGCUACGUUAUCAUGGGCUUCUUCCCUGCCUUGGUCAUUCUCUCCAUGCCCAACAGGGAUGGCCUCCCGGAGCUGGUGGCCGGUGGACUCUUCUACUGCCUGGGCAUGGUCUUCUUCAAAAGCGACGGCCGCAUCCCCUUCGCCCAUGCCAUCUGGCACCUCUUCGUGGCCAUUGGAGCUGGCAUCCACUACUACGCCAUUUGGAGGUACCUCUACCGGCCCGGCAUACUGGAGGCUAAAACGUCCCGGUAG